GGGGCCGGGCCCCGCGCCCCCUCUCCUCCUCCUCCUCCUCCUCCUCCUCCUCCUCCCCCGCGUCCCGGCCGGCGGGGGAGCUGGGGCCGUGCGCCUGCGCGGAGCCGGCAGUCCGGCAGGGCCGCAUCCGCGGUGUGGCCGGCAGUUGCCCUGGGGACCGCGGGCCCCUCCCUCCUCCAGUGCCCUGCCCUUCGCCGUCCCCCACCGAGGCGCGGCGGGCGACCCCGGCCUCCCUGGCCCCGGCCCCUCCAGAGCUGCAGCCGGUGACCCGGCGAGAGGCGGUGCCGCUCCCAAGAUGUCGCAGACGGCCAUGUCCGAGACCUACGAUUUUUUGUUUAAAUUCUUGGUUAUUGGAAAUGCAGGAACUGGCAAGUCUUGCUUGCUUCAUCAGUUUAUUGAGAAAAAAUUCAAAGAUGACUCAAAUCAUACAAUAGGAGUGGAAUUUGGUUCAAAGAUAAUAAAUGUUGGUGGUAAAUAUGUAAAGUUACAGAUAUGGGACACAGCAGGCCAAGAACGAUUCAGGUCUGUGACGCGAAGCUACUAUAGAGGUGCAGCAGGGGCGCUCCUGGUCUAUGACAUUACCAGCCGAGAAACCUACAAUGCGCUUACUAAUUGGUUAACAGAUGCCAGAAUGCUAGCGAGUCAGAACAUUGUGAUCAUCCUCUGUGGGAACAAGAAGGACCUGGACGCUGAUCGUGAAGUCACUUUCUUAGAAGCCUCCAGAUUUGCUCAAGAAAAUGAGCUGAUGUUUUUGGAAACAAGUGCACUAACAGGGGAGAACGUAGAAGAGGCCUUUGUACAGUGUGCAAGAAAAAUACUUAACAAAAUUGAAUCAGGUGAGCUGGACCCAGAAAGGAUGGGCUCAGGAAUUCAGUACGGAGAUGCUGCCUUGAGGCAGCUGCGGUCUCCGCGUCGCGCACAGGCCCCAAGUGCUCAGGAGUGCGGCUGUUGAAGCUACUCUGGGAGCACAGGUGUUCAUACAGUGGUAUUUGGGACACAAUUGUUGGAGCUUGAAGAAGUUUUUUACCACCAUCUUUUUCUACUUUAUAUAGAAGUAGAUCUUUGUGCGGAAAAAAAUCAUUUGGGAUGUUAUGCAAGCUAGUAGAUGUGGCACAGCCAGCCGUAUGAUAAAUCCAAUUCAGCGGACAAGACCAUUCAGUGUACACAUGUAUGUGAAAAAUGUUUUGUUCUGUAUCUUCCUUCCCCCUUUGGUUUGGAUCCUGGCUAUGACUGUACAUAAGCUAGUCUGAUGCGUCUCCACAGCAUGGAUCUGAUGUAUGACUUGAUAGAGCAUUGCACUAAAUGCAGUCUAAUAUUUUUUAAUCGUAUGAACUAAAAUCUGUUCAUUGUGAGGUGUGCUUUGAUCAUCAUGGCGGCUAUAUUGCACAGUGGGUGAUAUUUAUGACCUGCUAUUCAAAGACUCUGGCAUUGAUGGCUGGUACAGUGCUUAAAGUUAAUUCCGUUUUCCACAGUCCACAAGGUGUUCACAUGAGCCACACUCUAGAGAUCAGUAGUUACUCUUGUACUGAAAUAAAAUGAAAAAUGGAGUUUUUCCAUGAUCUUUA